AUGGCUACCGCUCUGGGCGGAAAUGUCAACAAAGACCUUGUGUUUAGCUGUCCUAUCUGUUUGGAGUCAGUCAGGACACCCAGAUGUUUACCGUGUCUACAUACGUUUUGCGAGUCCUGCAUCCAGACUUAUAUUUCUAGCACGGCCAUUCGUAAAGAAGAAGAGUAUCAGAGUAUUGAGUGCCCGGUAUGUCGCAAAGAAAGCCGCCCACCAGCGAAGUGUAUGUCGUCUGAAGAAUGGGCCACGAGUUUACCCAUCAACUACCUGGUGAAUUCUGUUUCAGUGAAGUCAAGUGAAUUAGAAAAACUUUGUGUUAUAUGCAAGAAGCAAAAUAAGAAAAUCGCAGCGAUUCACUGGUGUAAGAAUUGUAUGGAGGAAAUUUGCGACGACUGUAAGACAUUACACAGUUAUGUAUCGAUCCUGCAGAAUCACAAAAUUGUCAAACUUUCGGAGGCGAACGAUUGUCUGGAAAAUUUUGAUGUGGAUGAACCGUGCAGCAUACACAAAAAUAAAACCAUUGAAGUGUACUGUGGGGAUCACGAUAAAUUAUGCUGCAGCGUCUGCUUCGCAACCCAGCACAGGAGAUGUGAACGCGUCGAAGCAAUAGAGGAUGUUUCUAGUAGAUUUGAUCGGACUGAUAUGCAGCCCAGAUUAGAAAAGUUUUCUAAAUCCCUGGAGAUGCUUGAGAAUUUGCAAGAAAACAACAGGGAGCAAGUCGACAAACUGAAGGCUCGGAAAGAAGUGAUAUGUAGAGAUGUUGCAGAUAAAAUAGAGAAAUCAAAGAGAGCUCUGGAUGAAGGUUUUACUCAGUGGCAAAAACAGUUUGAACAAAAGCAUGGCGAUUGUCUUCAAACUCUCGACAUUGCAUGCGAUGAGAUGAGAAGGUUUUCCACCACGCUGAAAGAAGCAAGAUUUACAUUUUCCCUUCUGAAGGAGAAGGGGUCACUGAAACAGUUGUUUCUGAUGACACAUAGACUGGAAUCACAGAUUGCGGAACACUUUCACAGACUGAAAUUGAAGAUGGAAGUAGAAACAUUUUCUGACUACCAACACUCCAUGGGAAGUGAAUUCACUGACUUUGUCUCAAAUAACAGAAAGGUCCCAGAUGUUAAAUGCAUUCAGUCAAAACCAUUGCGUGGAACCGUGGCACAGCUGAGCAACGUCGUGUCACCGCAUACUAGUGGUUCCAUUGCACCCAAACCGUGGCUGGCGAACAUGAAUCUAAUGAAGUUUAUUCCCCAAAAGGUAUCCGAACAUGUUAUACAGGACAGUGUAUAUCUGUAUCAUGGUCUAUAUAGAUACAAUGAGAGUGUACUGUUGCCAGUGGGUCAAACUAUCCAAAUAUAUGACGUCAGAGGCAAUACUUGGGUACAUCUAUACACAGAGAAAUGUGAUGAUAAACCUCAUGCAAUAGCUCAAACCAAUGUCCUGCACGAGGUGUAUGUUGCCUUUGGUAGUUAUAUUGCGGUUUACAACAUCAACGAAGGAAAUCAAAUGUCUCUGUUGAGAAAAAUUCCAAUGAAUCCUGGAGUUACGAUUGAAAGCUUCACGUUAAUGGACGAUACUAUAAUUUGUGCAGAUAAUAGUGGAAUUACGAUACUAAAUCCAGAUUUUUCCGUGAAGGAAAAACGAAAUAUCAAGAUAGAUGGAAAUAUUGCUUACGUGGCUGCAUCGAACAAAACGAAGAGAAUUGCGUUCGUGAAGAAGACUGGUAUUGAGGAACAAACAGUCACCUCUCAAUACCUGAAUGGAGACAUGCAUUUUGAAUACAAAAAAACCCACCGAGAUUUACGCGGUAUUGCAUUUGAUUCGCAGGAUAAUAUUUAUGUAUGUGACUUUCAUGUCAGGAAUGAACUUGUCCAAAUAAGUCCCGAUGGUAAAAAAUCGAGAACUAUUAGUUCAGAAAUAUAUAACCCUUACAGCAUAUCAUUCCAUCCUGAGGGCCACAGGUUCCUGGUUUUAUCAAGCAUUGAGAGGAAAUGUCGCAUAUAUGAAAUUCCACAGUCUCUGAACUAA